GGUCUUACAUGGUACACGUCACUGCUUGUGCAGGGGAGUAUAGGCUGUGUUGUCAGCCUAGUGUCAGUCUGAUGAAGAUUGGCAUUCAGACUUUGUGUGGAGGACCGGACACUAAGGCGUGGAAGAGCAGACAACGACAACAUUGACUACUGCUUUGUUGCAGAGGGCAAACUAACUGUCUCCAUGUGAAGCUGUCCCAUGAUGCAACAUGUGUCCCCAGCACCAGCACUGACAAUGAUGGCCACUCAGAGCGUUCCUCCACCAUCGUACCAGGAGAGCCAACAGAUGACAGGCACCACCCAACAGAACUCCAAGGCCCAGCAGGUCCACAUCACAGCAUCCUCGGCGGCUGGGAACACCCCCGUCAGUGUGACCCUUGACCCCCAGGCCCAGCUGGAGUCAGACAAGCGGGCCGUGUACAGACACCCUCUAUUCCCACUGCUGGCCCUGCUGUUUGAGAAGUGUGAGCAGGCCACCCAGGGCUCCGAGUGCAUCACCUCUGCCAGCUUCGAUGUGGACAUUGAAAACUUUGUCCACCAGCAGGAGCAGGACCACAAGCCGUUCUUCAGCGAGGACCCUGAGCUGGACAACCUGAUGGUGAAGGCCAUCCAGGUGCUGAGGAUCCACCUGCUGGAACUGGAGAAGGUUAAUGAGCUCUGUAAGGACUUUUGCAACCGCUACAUAACCUGCCUCAAGACCAAGAUGCACAGCGACAACCUGCUCCGCAAUGACCUGGGCGGGCCCUACUCACCCUCGCACACCUCACUUAGCCUGCAGCAGGACCUCCUCCAGACGUCCUCUCCGUCCAUGACAUCAGUCUCCAGCUCUGUCAACUCCUCGGGAAUCAUGGUGCCCACCGGGACCCUGCAACAGGGCAACAUUGCCAUGACUACCAUCAACUCCCACGUGGUGUCAGGUGGAACCUUGUAUCAGCCGGUUGCCAUGGUGACAUCGCAAGGGCAGGUGUUAACCCAGGGACUCUCCCAGGGGACCAUCCAGAUCCAGAAUUCACAGGUAAACCUGGACUUGGCUUCACUCUUGGACAGUGACGACAAGAAGCACAAAAACAAGAGAGGGGUCCUGCCCAAGCACGCCACCAACAUCAUGCGCUCCUGGCUCUUCCAGCACCUCAUGCAUCCCUACCCAACAGAGGACGAGAAAAGACAGAUUGCAGGACAAACCAAUCUCACCUUAUUACAGGUCAACAACUGGUUUAUCAAUGCCCGCAGGCGCAUCCUCCAGCCCAUGCUGGAUGCCAGUAACCCAGACCCAGCUCCCAAGGCUAAGAAGAUGAAGUCCCAACACCGUCCAACCCAGCGCUUCUGGCCAGACUCCAUUGUGGCUGGAGUCUUGCAGACACAUGGACCUCACUCUAAUAACGCCGACAACCCCCUAGGCUUUGACAGCCUCCAGCCCCUGUCCUCUGUCUCAGCCACACUGUCCAUGCAGCAAGCCAUGCUCGGGGGAACCGAUGACUCCAUGGAUGGCACAGAGGAAGAGGAAGAGGAGGAAGAAGAGGAAGGGAUGGAAGAGGAGGAGGAAGAGGAGGAUGAGGAGGAGGAAGAGAUCGAGGGAGGAAGGAGAGAUCUGGGCAUGGAACACAGAGAGGGACUCGAGUUGAACACGGACAGUUUUGUAGCUUUAAUGAGGCUUACAAAAGUGCAUGAGUUCCUUGAGCUUAUGCAAAUUCCAAUGGUAACCGCCCCCUUCUCGCCCCUGCCCCGCCCUGCCCCGCCCUGCCCCGCCCUGUCCCGCCCUGCCCCGCCCUGUCCCGCCCUGCCCCGCCCCGCCCUGUCCCGCCCUGCCCCGCCCUGUCCCGCCCUGUCCCGCCCUGCCCCGCCCCGCCCUGUCCCGCCCUGUCCCGCCCUGCCCCGCCCCGCCCUGUCCCGCCCUGUCCCGCCCUGCCCCGCCCCGCCCUGUCCCGCCCUGUCCCGCCCUGCCCCGCCCCGCCCUGUCCCGCCCUGCCCCGCCCCGCUGGAUCCCCAGGAAACAUCUUUGGGAUUAGAUCGUGCCCAGGCUAAAAACUCUUCAUGCUCCAUAGAGCUUAGUGCUAUCAAGUCUCAGUGGACUCAGGUUGGAGUAAAUCCAACAUUUUUCUGUCCCUUUCUAGGCCCCAAGAUGUCCAUCGCUAAUGCAGCUGCCCAGGCCAUGCUGUCAGACGCCCUGCUACGCGACGGCGCUGGCGGCAGCCGCAUCGGUCACCUGGAGCUGGAGCUGCCACUUGACAAGGUCAUCAAGUUUGUGUCCGUGGGGCUGCCCUUACUGCUGGUGUCCAUGGCCUUCGCUCGCGAAAUCUCCAUCGGCCCACAGAUCAGCUGUUUCCCCCCCAAUAACUUUACAGCCAAGCAGGCAGCCUACGUGGACACGUACUGCUGGGACUCCCUGAUGCACCAUGAGUUUGACACAGAUGGAAACUUUGAGGAGCGAUCCCUCUGGGUGCACAAGAUGUUCCCGUACUCUCUGUUGGCUAUGGCCAUGAUGAUGUACCUGCCUGCCCUCAUCUGGCGUUUCCUGGUCAUGCCGUCGUUGGGCUCCGACCUGCUCUUCAUCAUUGACGAGCUGGACAAAUCGUACAACCGCUCCGUGCGAUUGGCUCAGAGCAUCCUGGAGAUGCGCCAGAACACCCAGAACCCCUUCACCUUCCAGGCCGAGCUUGAGAGGGCCAAGCGGAAGCGUUACUUCGAGUAUCCCCUGUUGGAGAGGUACAUGCAGAGCAAGCACGGCUCCUACUUCCUGGUCAGCAUGCUCUUUCUGCGCGGCUUCCUCUUGCUCACCUUCAUGUCUGCCUCCUGCCUCUACCUUGUCUACUUCCACCUAUCCGCCUUUCUCCAGGAUGAGUUUAGCUGCUUUGUCCGCACCGGCUUGCUGCGCGACCAAAACUGGGUCCCAGAACUGGUCCAGUGCAAAAUGACCGGUCAACUGGUCUUCCAGGUUAUUAGCGUGGCUAACGGUGCUAUCUACGUCCUUCUGGUACCUAUCGUGCUGUUCAGCUUGGUCCGCCUCUUCUGUUGGGAUACGACUCUAUUGUCGGUCUACGAGGUUCUACCCGCAUUGGGACUUAACAGCGGUCGCAAGCUGGGCUGCCCGCUCAACGACCUCAACGUUCUUCUGCUGUUUUUGCGAGCUAACGUGGCGCAUCUGCAGUCUUAUGGCAGGCUGAGGGCCGUAUGCUCGCUGGCAUCCCCGCAGAUCGGGAAGGGGAAUGGCGUGAAGGGCGCGGGGAUGCUGACGGCAGAGGAGAUCGAGGAGAGGGCCGAGGCAGCACAGGAGCUAGAGGAGGAAGUGGAGGAGCUGCAGGAGGAAGGGAAGCUCAACCUGGUGGAUAUCAUGACCAUUUUAGGAGCGGCCCGGGGAAACGCGUUCAACUGCACCGAUUCCAGGCCUCUGGUGGAGGAGAAUAUGAGUCUGGGUACUGUAACUCUUAUCUACACUCUCAAACGUAUUCUGCUCGUGGGAUUGUUCACCUAUAUUGUUUGGGAUGUUCAGAAAAUUAUAAAAUGAUGGAGCUCUCUCUGUGAGACUGCAGAUGAUGUUCAAAUUAAAUAACGGAUGGUGGUGUAAGCAGUUUUCAUUGAAUAGCCACUCUACUCUUACUGAAUAUUGGAUGAGGAGGCAAUAGUAGUAAUGGACUUCACUUGAGAUAGCAGUUUUGAUUCAAACUUUUCCAUCUACGCUGUGAUACAAAAAUGCUUUCCACAAAUAUUAACUGUCCACAAAUGGUUUUCUUAUACAUGUACUACUAUACCAGUAGGCCUAAUAUAAAUAAGUACUACAUGUUAGAGAGUUUUUCCUCAGGACUGGAAAGCCUAUAAUUCUAAAAGAGGCUUUUAUUAGGAACUACAGCAAGAGAGCAGAUACAAUUAGUGGUCAUUCCCACUCCUAACUCCCCUCUCUGUCUCCUUACAGAGCCAAACCACCAGGGGUACCAUGAGUUGAAGGAGACUGCAUCAUGUAAUCGUUACUAAACCACGAAUUGACUGAACCAUCAAUGUGACACCAAUUGAGGGGUGGGGGUGGGGGGUCAAAAAGACAACCUGGGAGAGAAGCGAGGGAAGGGGUUCUGUAUCCAGAGAAGUUGUUCCAAAAAGCCUCCAUUAGAAUUAAAAGCUUGGUGGUUAACUUGAGCGUUGUUGUUUCUUUAUGUAUGACUGAGCUUCUGGGUCGUUGUGACUCAACUUAAUUUCAACCUCAGAUUUCCUACUUUUCUUUAUGGUUAUGCUAUUUACUAUACUUGAUUUUGUGAUUUGUCAGCAAGGAAAGUUGUAUGUGUUGAAUGUCAACCAGUAACAUUUUGUUUGUUCUAUGUCAACAGAUAUCAAUGUAAUGAAUAAAGUUAUUUUUCUGACUUGUGUUGAAUGGCUCAAGUGCAACAUUUCCCUCACCACUUGUGAAUCACAUUGUAAAUUAAUUGCCUCGGAAAAUAUGUGAUUAUUUAAUUGAAUAAAAUACAUUUUAA